CCGGGGCGGUGGAGCGGGCCGUGCCGUCGGUGAAGGGAUCGGGGGGAGAGCGGCCGAGGCCGGGAGAAGCGCCGUCAGGUGUGUCUGAUUCAGCAAUGUCAGGCUUACUCGACUGGCUGUACAAUGGCUUCACCAGUAUGCUACAGUUCCUGGGUUUAUAUAAGAAAUCAGGAAAAUUGGUUUUCCUCGGCUUGGACAAUGCUGGGAAAACCACCUUAUUGCACAUGCUGAAAGAUAACAGGCUGGGGCAGCACGUUCCAACAUUGCAUCCCACAUCAGAAGAGCUGACUAUUGCAGGAAUGACAUUCACUACCUUUGACCUUGGAGGUCAUGCACAAGCCCGAAGAGUCUGGAAGAACUACCUCCCUGCCAUUAACGGGAUUGUUUUCCUGGUUGACUGUGCAGACCACUUGCGGCUUGCUGAGUCUAAAGUGGAACUUGAUGCAUUAAUGACAGAUGAAACAAUAUCCAAUGUUCCGGUCCUUAUCCUGGGCAACAAAAUUGACCGAUCAGAGGCCAUCAGUGAGGAGAAGCUACGGGAGGUCUUCGGGCUAUAUGGACAAACAACAGGAAAGGGGAUUGUGCCGCUGAAGGAACUGAACACCCGACCACUGGAGGUCUUUAUGUGCAGUGUGCUGAAACGUCAGGGAUAUGGAGAAGGAUUUCGCUGGCUGUCACAAUACAUCGACUGAUCCUGAGAGAAAAUUGUGCCACUUUGAACUGAACUAGUUUGCAGCUGUCUACGUGAUUUUUCUUUUCCUCUCCUUUGCUUCCUUUCCAAAUAAAACAGGUCACACAACUGUUGACAAGAUUGGAAUGCCAGCCAGGAGAGGUUUCAGAUCUAGGUUUUUAACUUCAAUUCUGAGGUAGGCGUUUGUACCUGGUUUAACAAGAUAACAUUUUUCCCCAAGUGUGGCCUGUUUACAACUCCCCAGUAGUAGUCAACUGAGAAUUAGCACUUGAGUUUGGCUAUGCAACAGUCUUAGAGAUACGUGCAAGGGGUUUUUUUGUUUGUGUGUUCCUUUCUUGUGAUGCUACGUGCUCCUGAAGAUAUUUGGGUAUGUCUGCCCCUCUGGUGCCCCGUCAUACAAGAAAGCAUGGACGGAAUGGACAGCAGCUAACUGGCCACCCUACAAAGCAUUUUACCCAAAUCAAGUAAUAGGCUGAAUAGUGUUCACAAGUCACCUUUCCAUACGUGUUCUUUGUCUGCGCUGAUUGUGGUAAGAGCCUUUAUUCUUGAAGCUUGGAAUAGUUUGAGGCUGAAAUCAAACAUUCGCAUAGUUUUGGGGUAUGCAAAUAUGGCCAAUGUCAAGAUGACCAUUCUGGACUUGAAGCUCCCAUGAAAUGAUGCUGUGAAAACUGUUGUUAAAAUUUUCAGCUGCCAGUUUAUUCUAGGUGGGAUGUGCUGUUUACAUACAUGACUAACAUUUGAAGAUAUGCCAGUGGUAUUUGGACUGGUUAAAUUUUGUCAAUUCAUAAAUGUACAUUCAAUUUGGUUAAUUAUCUGUCAACUCUGUAUGGCUGUAGUUGUUGUAUUGGUGUAUUGUGCAUCGAGGUGGAUUUUUGCCGGGGUUAGAGUAUGAACUGGGGAUAUUUCAUCCCUUCUGAAAUAAAUAGCCCCAAUUGUUUUGGGUAUAUAGCUGCAUAUCGGAAAAUAUGACAUUUUAAAACUUAGUUAUUUAACUUUGUAAUGGAAUGAUGACUCGGUCAAUGAGUUUUCUUUUGCCAAUUUGAUGUAAAAAGUAUUUUGAGAAUUGGGAAAUGAGCAAAGCAAGUCACAGGUGGAUAGAGUGUAAUGUGCAGUCUGUUUAAACUUGAUUAGCGAGUAAUUUUGAAUAACACAAGCUGGGUGGCAUGGUUUACAAGAUGAAUUUGUUGCAGAAGCUAUUGACUUCCAAGGGGCUCAUGAACAUUUGGAGGAAUUGCACAAUAUCUUGCACACUUUUAAUGUAAAGCUUUUAUAAAAAUGUGAACAAAUUCAUACACCUGGUGCUUUUAAUGUAACUGUGGAGGCAAAGUGGCAUUACACAGGCUAUGUAAUGCAAGGAACUGUUUUACAAUUGCAUUCAAAACUAACAGUGGAUGUACAUGGAACAGGGAGUUUUGGGUCUCUGUUUAUUGUAUAUAUAGUGAAAUGAGGCAGCAUUAUCAAUGAAAUGGACUGUUAUCAAACAGCCUUUCCACCAGGUAAUUGAAGGGAAUAAGAAGUGGUUAGUGAACACCAUAUUACUUUUUUUUGCUUCUAAACUUCUAUCUCUUGCACAGAAUGGUGGUAUUCUUUCACAGCUGCUGAAAGAAUGGAGGCAUUCUGUUGUGGCAUUCUCUUUCUGCCAAAAUUAGAAAAUAAAAUUGCACCUUCUCCCAGCCUCGGAGUAAAUGUCUGUCUUGGAAGCACCAAACUGGCUGCUUUCCUCUGUUAGGGCCUAUAUCGCCAAACAAGACAGACUCGUUACUUCCUGAAAUGGGAAUCUGGUGGAAGCCAUUUAAUGGGAAUGUUAUGUUUUUACUUUUAAUGUCCCUUCAGUCUUUUCUGUUUUUUUUAAACCAUCAUUUGCUCAAAGUGAGUGAUUGGAUAAAGAAAAUGUCUUGCUUGUCCCAGGAGCAAGGUCAUGUUUCCACUACAGAGACAUCAACAGGUAUCCAUCUGAAGGGCAUUUAUCAUUGUGGCAGUCUGUGGACUUGCCUUUUUCCUAAGCAUGAUUGCAGAAAUGAUGUAUUCUUUCCCCUUCCCCAAAAGCUUCUGGGCUUCUAACAUAACAGGUUAGUACUGUACCUGCAGUAUUACUCGGUUAUUACAGUUCUACAUGUUUGGGGUUAUUGUUCUCCACUGAGGGUCUUGGUGACUGCUUUAACACUUCACCAGUCUGAUGCCUUCACCAAUUUAUUCUUGGAUAAUACUAGUUCUUGCCCUCAAUAUGUUCAUUCUUUGUGGUAGAAAGAUAACUUGCAACAUGUAUAAAUGUAUUAUAAAUCAUUGCUUUAUUUGAAUAAAUGUACUUGUAUA